AUGGCGGUUCCGGUGUUGGGUGGGUUUCCGAUCUUCUUGGUAGUGAGAGUUCUGGGUUUCAUCAUUGCGGCUUUGGUUCUUACAUGGACUGUUCACUACAGAGGAGGAUUAGCUCUUGCUUCCGAUAACAAAGAUCUCAUCUUUAAUUUUGUUUUGUUAGCGUUUGCAAGUCUUAGCUUCAUAGCAAUGUUAGCAUACAAGUCAGUUCAAGGAACAAAGAACAUGAAGAAACUGGUCCAUCUUACACUACAAUUCACAGCUUUUAUCCUAAGCUUAAUCGGAGUAUGGGCUGCUCUCAAGUUCCAUAUCGACAAAGGGAUCGAGAAUUUCUACAGUCUCCACUCAUGGCUCGGCCUAGCUUGUCUCUUCCUCUUCGCUUUCCAGUGGGCUGCAGGGUUUGUGACUUUCUGGUACCCAGGAGGUUCGAGAAACAGCCGAGCCAGCUUGAUGUCGUGGCACGUGUUCUUAGGUGUUUACAUAUACGCAUUGGCUUUAGUGACUGCAACCACAGGGAUACUUGAGAAAGUGACGUUCCUGCAAGUGAAUCAGGUGAUCACUCGGUAUUCAACAGAGGCAAUGUUAGUUAACACAAUGGGUGUUUUGAUUCUUGUUCUUGGCGGUUUUGUGGUACUCGCUGUUGUUACUCCAGUCAACAGCAAAGAUCAAGUCCUUACUCAAUAG